GGUACCGCGGCGGUGGCUGCGGCAGUGGCGGCGGCAGCCGCAAGGAGCGCGAGGCGGCGGCUCCCCCAUCCUCCUCCUCAUCCUCUUCUUCUUCCUCCCGCUGCCGGCCUCGCUCCCCCCGCCAUGAACUCGCUGCUUUUCGGGGAGAUGGCCCGAGCCUUCGCUCCCGGCUCGGCGGCGGCCGGCGGGGCUGCGCCCUGCCCGCUGGGCCCCGGCCCCGGCGGUGGUGGUGGUGGUGGAGGCGGCGGCUCCGGAGGGCCCCCGGGGGUCUCGGGCGGCCCUCCGGUGACGGCUGCGCUGCGGAACGACCUGGGCUCUAACAUCCACCUGCUGAAGGGGCUGAACGUGCGGUUCCGCUGCUUCCUGGCCAAGGUGCACGAGCUGGAGAGGCGCAACCGGCUGCUGGAGAAGCAGCUGGCGGCCCAGCAGAGCGAGCGCGACCGCCGCCUGCGCUACAAGACCUUCUCCCGCGAUCAGGCCGUGCAGACCGACGGCGGCCUCCCCUCGGCCGGGCCGGGGCUGGCGGGGGGGCCCGGAGCCGGUCCGGCCCCGCCGCAUUACGGCCGCUUGCCCGGGACCAUCUGGAGCUACACCCAGGUGCGGCGAACCGGCGGCGGGGGGCUGGAGACGGUGCAGGGCCCCGGAGUCUCCUGGAUCCACCCGGACGGCGUGGGAGUGCAGAUCGACACCAUCACCCCCGAGAUCAGGGCGCUCUACAACGUGCUGGCCAAAGUCAAGAGGGAGAGGGACGAGUACAAGAGAAAAUGGGAAGAGGAACUGACAAGAAGAAUGAGCCUGGAAUCUAUGGUGGAAACCUUGCGGGAGGAGGCGCAGGAAGCGGAAGCUCUCCAGGAGGAGUUGAAUGAAAAGAUUGAGAGACUGAAAGCAGAACUUGUGGUCUUUAAGGGUCUGAUGAGUGAUCCCAUGACAGACCUGGACACAAAGAUUCAAGAAAAGGCCAUGAAGGUGGACAUGGACAUCUGUCGGCGAAUCGAUAUCACAGCCAAGCUGUGUGAUGUAGCGCAGCAGCGCAACUCUGAAGACGUUUCCAAGAUAUUCCAGGUGGCUUCCAAGAAGAAAGAACGAAAACUUGCCUCUGAUGAUGACCUCUCUGAACAGGAUGCAGACAAUGGCAGGUUCUCUGACGAUGAGGUCAGCUGCUCUUUGAACAUCACGGAUGAAAUGAAGCGUAUGUUUAAUCAGCUUCGUGAGACAUUUGAUUUUGAUGAUGACUGUGAUAGUUUAACGUGGGAGGAGAAUGAAGAAACAUUGCUUCUUUGGGAAGACUUCACAAACUGCAAUCCUUCAAUUGACCUCCAAGGAGAGGAAGAAAACCUGGGAAACCUGAUCCAUGAAACAGAGUCUUUCUUUAAAACAAGAGACAAGGAAUACCAAGAAACAAUAGGGCAGAUAGAGCUGGAAUUGGCCACAGCCAAGAGCGACAUGAACCGCCACCUUCAUGAAUAUAUGGAAAUGUGUAGUAUGAAAAGGGGCCUGGAUGUACAAAUGGAAACCUGUCGUAGGCUUAUCAAAGGUUCAGCUGACAGAAAUUCUCCAUCUCCCAGCUCUGUAGCCAGCAGCGACUCAGGAAACACAGAUGAAAUUCAGGACGAGUUGGACAGAGAGGCGGAUGUGGAGCCCAUGGUCAGCUGAUACGUAGUUGGAGCAUUCCAGUGAAAGGGAAGAUGCAAGCAAAGAUUAAAAAAACAACACACACUGAUGGGGGGAGAAAAAAAAAUAGACUUGUAAGCCCCUGCACAGGGCUUCUAAUGACUCAUUCCUACACGCAUCCCUAUCCCACCCAAGGAUUGGUGCUGUCAAUUUCUAUCGUUACACAAUUCACAAAUGCAGAGUCCUGUAAGAAAACGUGUUUUAAUUGUGCCUUUGCCCCAAGCUGAGCCACUUUGAGCUCCAGUGGAAUAUAAAUAGCAGGUGUUUUUAUAUUAUAUAUAUAUAUAUAUAUAUUAAAAGAUAUAUCUGGUAGCAGCAGAGAAUGGUGCUGCAAAGGCUCUGAUAUUUCAAUAAGCUUAUGGUUUUAUUGAACUGCUGCACUGAUUGGCAAAAGGAACACUGGCAAACUGAGUAGUAAACCUGAGACAAUUAUGGUAUAAUUACCAACGGCUGGCAUAAAAUAAGAAUGCCUCCAAAUUGAUCUGUAAACAUUUAAAAAUAAUACCGGGUUUAGAGGCAGCUUUUAGGAUUAAGCAGUCAUACAAUAUUGAAAGGAAUUUCUUCAUUCCACCUUUCUGGGUGAAGAAGACUUUGAGACUCAUACAAGCUUUCUUCCAGACUCCAGAAUCUGAAGAAGCAGGUCUCAGCUUGGUGGCAAAGCAGGUGGAUGAGGGAGGGUUCGGUGGGAUGGGACUAUCACUGAUAAACUACUAUGCAAAAAAAACAAAAGCGCGCCUUAUUUGUAUGGAAUGUUUGGUCCCUGCUGGGCAAUGGUUAUCUCUUGGGGAAAGGAAAGCUCAAAACACGUUUGCACAAGUUACCGGUAGAGCUUCUUUUGAGGAGUACAUUGUCUUGUUACAAUGCCUUUGUUUCCAGUGAUUGGAUUGAGAGGGGAAUCAGCCCUUCAGUUCCCGAGUUGUUUUGUGUUUUCUUUUUUUCAGGAUGUUUUUUUAAACCAUAGUGUUUGCAGAUUUUUCUUUGCUGACAGGGAGAUAGCUCCAUUUUAUGCUGCUUUCAUGAUGGCUAGAGUGGGCUAGCAUCAGGAUAAACUGACAUGCUGUGCUGUAGAUUUGGGCUUGAGACAUGACAUUGAGAGAGUUCCAGACCACUUUUCUUCAGCAAAGCUGAACAUUAGAAAAUACUGUAAUCCUUUUUAGGGCGUAGUAAAAUCAAUCCCAAACUACUGCAGCCCUAGAACUAUGGAAGAACAGCCAUGUGCUUUCUCUGUGAGAAAGUGAGGAGACCUAGGCUUUAUCAAUCUGUCUAUAUUUUUAAACAGGAGAAGGCAGCGUCAAAAGUCUGAUUGGUACUUGAGGAAACUCUCUGGUGUCAUCAAGCUGUUCGUGGUUAUUAAUAGGAUUUGUAGCAUCUCAGCCAGGUAAAAACAGGGUAUAAACCUAAGCCAAUACUUUUUUUGUUUGUAUUUUAGAGCAAGAUUGCAAGUGCAGUUAAUACUGCCUAAAGGUAACUGUGUAGUUAACUAGCAGUUGCAAGACUUGAGGAGUAAAUACCAAUUGUAUUUUUUAACCUGCCAGAAAACUUAGAAACUGUUACGUAGGAGCAGUGCUAGGACUGGACAGGGGAAUAUCAGAUUUAAGCAUCCUCUCAGUGUUAGGUAAAGCUAGAGGGGCCAAUCUUUUAUCUUCCUGAGCGUUGUUUCCAAGCCUCUCUUAUUUAUUGAUCUGAAUCAGCAGGGCUGCAUUGUAAACAAAUAGCCAGUAUAGAUCAGUACUGCUUUCUUCCAAAAAGAGCACGAGUGUUUCAGCAAAUGGCGCAUUCCUGGGCAGAAAAUCUCUCUCCAUCUUGCACAGCUAUGCAGAGGGGCAGGACCUUGGAGGGUUUCUGCUCACACUGUAACUGCGGGUACAGUAAUGUCUUUUCAGUUUGGGUUUUGUUUGUUUCUGCAUGGAGUUUCAUUGCUGUUUAGAUCAGUCUCCCGCUAUCGUGUGAUGGUGCUUUUAGGCCAUGUGAAUUAAAUGGGCCCUCAGUCUUUCAGUGAGGAGAAUUACUGGGAUGAUCCAUUUGGAUUCAUAAUUUGAGCAUCAGUGGCGUCUGUCCAAGGUUAUUCUUGUCAUUCCCUUACUGAUUGAAAUACUCAGUGCAGUUAUUCAUAGAGUAGUUAGCAACUUCUUGGUUCUUGUGGUGUUAGUUAGGGGCUUUUUCAAAGCCUGUAGAUAAUUUUUCUCUGAAAAAGAAACCUUAUUCCAAAGUGCUCAUUCCUAUUAUCUCUUAGGUGGCCAAAGUGGUAAGUGUCAUGUUCGCUAGGGCUGCAAGUUUUGGGGUGGGAGGGUGGGGGCAAGAAAUGCCAGAUGUGAUAUUUUUGUGAGGGGGCUGGGACUGCAUGUUUUCAAUAAAGUACUCUUAAGGUUUCCAAGCCUGUAUGAAGCUGCUAAAUAUGUAGUUUCUCACGAGGCUGAGAAACCAUGAAACCAUCUGCCAAAGCUGAAUGUCUGUAAUGCUUUAGUGACUUUGGUGGAGGCAUUGUUAAGCAAUCUACUUGCACAGUGAAUCAGCCUUGUUGGAGGCUGUCGUUUGGCUGUCCUCAAAUUAUGAAAUGCUCUUUGGUACUAGAGAAACUGAGCAAUUUAAAUGACUGUCCGGCUUAGCUGCUGUUUUUUAUAACUUUUUUUUUUUUUUUAAACUCAGUGACCUAGUAGGAAAAAGGCUGAGUGUUCUUGAAAUGAAGCUAGUAGCUGGCAUGUUGAGGUGGGAAGGGAUAUCCUCAGUUUGACAGUGGGGGAGCCAGAGGAAGCAGAUAGCUUGUUUCAACAGCUAAAUUUCUGUAACCUACAGUUUAUCUCAUAGCCAUAAUUAUGAGGAGCACCUAUAAUAGGGUUGCAUUUGUUGGUAAGUGUAAGGGAUGUGGGUCUAUAGUAGACAGUAUAGAAACGUGUAUGAUGGUGAUGUAUGUGUAUGAUGGUAAAUUACCAUGGUUCUUGGUGUCUUUCUUAUAACCAUAUGUAAUCCAUUUUUUAAAAAAAGAAAAGGUGUUUUCAUACUUGGGGUUGGGGUUUUAUUUUCAUCUAGGCUGUAUGGGACUUGGUGGAUCAACCUUUUGGGAGUUACUAGGGUUGGUCUUUGAUAGUUUCCCUAGGAGGUCUUGGUUGGUUUAGUUUCAAGCGAUGCUGCUGAUUUAGCUGACAGUGGUCCUGUUCUGUUUGCGUUUAACCACUCUGUAGCAACCAGAUCAAAAGCUUGCCAGAAAAAAAUUGUGAAAAUGCUGGAAAUGAAUUUGAUGACCUCUUUUUUUCCUUUGUAAAGCUGUAAAUACUUUAUUUUUGUUUUCUAUUCUUAAUGCGGUGUCAUAUUGACACUUUUUUAGACUUAUAAUCAAAAAAUCCUCCUCAUUGUUUCUCAUUUUUUAAAAGGGGAUUUCAAGGAAGCAAAUUUUUUUGCUUGUUAGCAGUGUAAUAAUAGAUCAAAUUCCUAAAAUGGGUUUGUACAAAAAAUGUUUUCAGUAAACAAUGGCGGUUGCUUUUGUGGAUGCAUGUUGUUCAAAAAUGUCCAAAGAAUAAUGUGGUACAAACACUUUUUUCAAAAAUGUAGUAAUUAUCAUAUUAGUUCAGACAACACAAAAACAAAAGUAUUUAAAAAAAAAAGUAGGUGGGGUGUAAUGAAAUCCAACUAAACUAAAUGUGUAAUCUAUUUAUAAGAAACACAGUAUAUAUUCUAUUUUUAUUAGAGGUUUUUAAAGUGCAAACAGAAUUCUGUUAGUAAAUGCAAUUAUUCCCUUGUAAGGUAUCUUUGGCUUUGAUGGGACUCCCAAAAUCUCAAACUGUUCCAGGUAACUGUGCAGAAACGAUGUAAUGGGUACGGCUGUGGUGCACUCACCUGUUGCUUCCUUGGAGCAAGGGGUGGUGGCAGUGGGGAACAGGCCAACAGCUUUUCUCUAACUGCAGAAUUAUUGCUGUGCUCCUGUUUGUGUUUUUUCCCCCUUUUGGAGAUUGAGGCCUUCCCCAGCGGGUCAGGAUCUCCAUUCAUUCCCCUCACUACCAGGGAUGCUUCCAGGACAUUUGUUCUUAAAAUCUGCCUCAAAGUAGGCUUUGCUCUACCUGGUAAGGAGACAAAUUGUAUUGGUCUACACCAGUAUAAAUUGGAAUUAACUUGAUGAAACAGAGUAAUAGAUCUGACUAGUGCCUGGCUUUAGAUCUAAAGCUGUUUCUGUCCAAUACGAGAUGCUUUUGCAUAACCAUUCCUGCCAGCAAAAAUACAAGUUCAGUUACUGGUCCAGGACUGGCUGAGGAAAAGCCGUGGCAACCAGUGGGUGCCCACAGCCUUACCACAACGCUGCGGGCUCUGUGAAACAGCUAUUUGCUUGUGUUUCCCUUGGCUCUGGAAAAACUUGGAAAGAUGCUUGUUCUGGAGUGUGCGAGGAAGAGAAUUGCCAUGCUGGGAAGUCCCUGUUUCAUGUUCGCGAGUGCUUCUUUUUAGAGCUGAAUGUUUAAAGUGAGAUUUAUUACAGCAAAAUUAAGCAAUUAUAAUGCUGUGGUGAAUGUUAAAUCACGGUUUAGCUGGUUGACCAGACUUUUCCAUGCUGUGCUUCCAUGGUGUAAUAAUACCCUCAUGAGGAUUUUCCUCAUUUUGCUUCAGGACUUUGGGGUUUUGAUUCUUUUGCACUGGUCCAGGACUUGGGUUGCAGGGGAACACGCAGGUUUUAGCAAUGUUUGCCUUCAGUGUUAAGUCACACAAAUGCUUGAUUUUAAGCUUUUAUUAGAAUGUAACUUCUAUCAGUUUGAGUUUUAAGUAAGAAAAGAAGCCGCCAAUCAAGGCAACACACAGUAUGCUGGUGUUAGUGAUGCUGGUUUUAGAGGUGAGCUAGAAAUACUACCUGCCAUAUUCUUAAUUCAGUCCUUCACCGACCCAUUUCUGGAGAGAGGAAUGCUGGAGGCUUGAACAUGAGUCUUUGGCAGAGUAGUGAAGAAACACUUGACUGUUUUCUGUCUGUUUUUUUGUGUGGUUCAGUGUCUUAAGGCCCUUCCGCAUCUGUGGGAGCUGUUCAAAGCUUCUCUUUUGAAGAAGCAAUGAAUUGUAAGAAAUGGGUACUUGAUGUUUCUAGAAGUCACGAUUCCCUCCUACCUAAUUUGAGGCACUCCAACACUGAAGCACUUCUGUAGGCAAGGUGGUGCUUGUAUGUAUGGUUGGGUCUGUCUUUUGAGGAAAAAAAAAAUAAUGUU